AUGGCACACCUUCAGAAGCUCGGCACAUCGAUUUCAGAUCAAAUCUUACCGACGUUUGCGUAUUAUGCCCCACUUCUCCGCGCGAACGCCUCGACCAUUCGAUCCACCCCUUGCUCGACUUUCACUUAUGGUCCUUCCGACCGCCAUAAACUGGACGUGUAUACUCCACUCAAACAUAGCAUCACUGGUAGUCGCCAUCCAGUCCUUAUCUUCUUCUACGGCGGCGGAUUCGUUCAAGGACACCGAACACUGCCCCUACCUAUUCUUGAUGGACUCGUGCACGCCAAUGUAGCUUCCUUUUUUGUCCAAAAAUAUGGUUACACAGUUGUGGUACCAGAUUACCGGCUCUUAUCACACGGUGCUGAGUUCCCUUCCGGAGGCGAGGAUGUGGCUUUGACGAUGCAAUGGGUUUCUGAGAAUGUGGACAAACUUGGUCCUGCGGAAGAAAAGAGCAACUUUGAAGUCGACCUGUUCCUACUGGGGAACUCGGCGGGCGGUGUGCAUGUCUCUACCUUCUUGCUGUCCGACACAUUUAACGGCGUCAGGGCGGAUCUGCUCAACGCCGAGAAGACGAAACUCAGAGGAGUGGUGUUCUUAUCUGUACCUUUCUCUUAUGAUAUGGUACAUGAUGAGGCGAAGAGGGAGGUUUUGGAAAAAUACUUCGGAAAUGCGGAGCAGAAUUGUCCAUCGACCCUUCUGAAGGGCGCGCGUCGAUCGGAUCCAGGCGCGCUCGACUUCGUUAAGGCCGGAACACGCCUUCUGGUGCUUAACGCAGAAUGGGAUCCCGAGGAUGAGUGUCUGCGUCCGCGUGACGAAUUUAUCCAGGAGUGGGGGAAGUUUGAGGACAGUACGAGUGGGGACGCUUUAGUCGUUGACUCUAUACUGGGUCAGAAUCAUAUCAGCCCUUUCUUGGCUCUAGGCACAGGUGUAGAGAGUGAGGAGGCAUGGGGCUAUCUAGUGGCGAAAUUUUGUACUGGCAGUAGGUGA